AUGGGAACCUAUGACGUCACAUCCGGCGAUGGCGAUCAGACUGAAACCACAAUUGUUCCCGUGCUGCUCGACGGCGAAGAGUCUGUCAUGGAAUUUAUUGAUGGCGUCGAUGCCUACCAAUCAGACGAUGUCAACGUAGACGCCUACAUUGUGGUGUUUUCUAUUGUGGAUCACAACAGCUUCGUCGUCUCCCGCGAUCUGGCCCGCCAAUUGAGGGUCAACGUGGGUACAGAUCGUGCCAUCAUCUUGGUGGGCAAUAAGUCGGAUCUGGUGCGCAAACGCCAAGUUUCAGUCGAGGAAGCCAAGGAAGUCGCCACAACCUACGACUGCAACUACAUAGAAACAUCUGCUGCCCUCAACCACAAGGUUGAUGAACUUGUCGCUGGCACCUUGACCCAGAUCCGACGCCAACUGCUGCCGCCGGCAUCGACAUUUCUACCGCUCCCGAUCACCAAGUCCAGGAGCCGAACUCCGUCUCCAGUGUCCUUCUUCAAUAAACUGUUCAAGAAACCCAUCAAAGGAUCGGCAUCGUGUGAAGGCAUCUUUAUGCAGUGA